AUGGCUAGGCCAGCUAUCCAAGACGGCGACGAAGAGAUCUCUCUCCUCGUGUUUAACGGUGACGGUGACGGCGACCGCUCGUGGCAGCUGAACUUCGACGAUUUCCAGGUUUCUCCUGAGCACAAGGAGAAGAAAUCUCCGAGCAAGCUCCAUAACUGUCUUGGCUGCUUGGGUCCAGAAGACAAUGUGGCAGAUUACUACCAGCAGCAAGUAGAGAUGCUCGAAGGCUUUACCGAAAUGGACGAGCUUGCAGUACGUGGCUUUGUCCCUGGAAUGUCAAAGGAAGAGCAAGACAAUCUAGCUAAAAGCGAGACGUUAGCCAUCAGAAUAUCAAACAUCGCGAACAUGGUUCUAUUUGCUGCUAAAGUCUAUGCCUCCGUCACGAGCGGCUCCUUAGCAAUCGUUGCUUCCACGUUGGACUCUCUUCUCGAUCUCCUUUCUGGUUUCAUCCUCUGGUUCACCGCCUUUUCGAUGCAGACGCCGAACCCGUAUCAGUAUCCCAUCGGCAAGAAACGGAUGCAGCCGCUGGGAAUCCUCGUCUUUGCAUCGGUGAUGGCCACGCUUGGGCUGCAGAUCAUCUUGGAGUCUCUUCGCACGAUGGUAUCCAGUCAAAAGGAGUUCAGCUUGACAAAAGAGCAAGAGAGCUGGGUGGUUGGGAUCAUGCUCUCCGUCACAUUAGUCAAACUCCUUCUCGUUCUUUACUGCAGAUCAUUCAGCAACGAGAUUGUUAAAGCUUAUGCUCAAGACCACUUCUUCGACGUCAUCACAAACAUCAUUGGACUCAUUGCAGUGAUCCUCGCUAACUACAUCGAUAACUGGAUGGAUCCAGUUGGAGCCAUCAUUCUUGCGUUGUACACAAUACGGACAUGGUCAAUGACGGUUCUGGAGAACGUGAACUCACUCGUCGGGAAAUCAGCCACGCCGGAGUAUCUUCAGAAGCUGACUUACCUGUGUUGGAACCACCAUAGAGAGAUCAGGCAUAUUGAUACGGUGAGGGCGUAUACGUUUGGGUCACAUUACUUUGUGGAGGUUGAUAUUGUUCUUCCAGCUGAUAUGCCUCUGCAAGUGGCUCAUGAUAUUGGAGAAGCGCUGCAAGAGAAGCUGGAGCAGUUGCAGGAGAUUGAAAGGGCUUUUGUGCAUCUUGAUUAUGAGUACACUCACAAACCGGAGCACGCUAGUUCCCACUGUUAGCUUGCGGUGAAGGUGUCUCUACGUCUACAAAAUUCUUACAGAUUUAAGAAUCUUCAAUCGUAUUGUUUAGUAGACAAGUGUACCUUUGUUGUUCUACUAGUAAAACUUAUAAAUUUCUAAAUUAAAAAGUUCAUUUCAGUAAUGACUGAUUUUGUUUGGGUGUA